AGGUAGACAAUCGCUGUAGGACUAAACAACGCCCACUGAUGAAUGUGUUGUGAACUGUACAGCUAUGUAAUUGUAAGCUUAAUUUUGGAGUUUAAAGCGAGCAGCUAAUCCAGUCUAAUGAAUGUAACUAAACUGGCAAGUUAAGCCAACAGUACUACCAGUUGUGUGCCACAUUUGUCAAAAUUUUCUUUAUCACCUGCAUGGGGAUCGUCGAGUCAGCAAACCAUUCGCUUCCGCCUUAUCCACAUCUGUAUGCUGGUAUGAGAGGGUGUAGGUCAAUUUGUAAUACUGCUUGCACAACGCGUGUGCCACAACGAGCACGCUACACCAGUCCACUAUAUGUCCUGGGACACAGUGAACAGAACACGUUACUUUACUGAACGUGGUCGUGGAAGCAGACUAGUUAGUGCGUGUAUAUCAACGUUAUAGCGGGGAAAGGAAUUCAUAAACAGCAUUUGGAAGAGCGCACUAUGUCUUGGUGCUGCUUGCUGCCGGACCUGAGUACAGGGCUGGUGUUUGGGGUUGUUUUGGCCCUGGCGUGGUGGUGGCGGCAGUCCCGACCCCGGAAUCUUCCGCCCGGCCCCUCCGGGCAUUUCCUGUUCGGAAAUCUCAAAGACUUUGGCCUAAGACCAGAGAUUAACUUCAUGAAGUUCGCAAAGCAGUACGGCCCGGUGUUCAAACUGUACUUCGCGAACAGGCUCAUGGUUGUCUUGAAUGGAUACGACGUCAUAAAAGCGACUCUGGUAGGCCAGGCCGACGCCUUCGCUGACCGCCCCUCCCUCUACAUCAACAACACCGUGACGGGGAUUAACGGGCUGUCUCAAUUGCCGUACGGGGGAAGGCGGCUGAAGGAACAGCGGAAGUUUGCCUUCUCCUGUCUCCGGGAGAUCGGCAGAGUGGGGAAGAUCGAGCUGGAGGAGAAGAUCGUCCAGGAGAUGGAGGUGCUGUCGUCAACAUUCGACAAGAUGAUAGGAGAGCCGUUCGAGCCUUAUCCUGUCAUCUUUAAGGGGGUCUCCAACAUCAUCUGUAACAUCUGCUUCGGGUCACGGUUCGAGUAUGAUGACGAGCGUUUCCUGACACUACUGCAGACGUUCGACCAAGAGAAGAACCCAACCAAGAAGGCGGCGCUCGUGCAGUUCGUGCCCUGGCUCCGGUUCCUCCCAUCCAACCGGAAGCUGCUGAACAAGAUCUAUGACACCUGUGGAAAGUUUAUAGACGUAAUAAAAGGAAUAGUAGAAGAACACAGGCAGCAUUUCCGACCUGAGAACGAGGUUUAUGACGUCAUCGAUGCCUUCCUUCUGGAACAACACAAAGCGCGGGAAAGCGGAGAUCACAGCUCAUCCUUUACAGAUGACCAGCUCCACUGGUUCUUGGGAGACUUGUAUAUUGCCGGAAGUGAGACCACCACUCGGACUCUAGUCUGGUCUCUGGCACUUCUGGUGGCGCACCCGGAAGUAUACAAACGCCUAAAGGCAGAAAUCAAUGACGUCAUUGGCGAUGCACGCAAUCCGAAAAUGAGUGACCGACACAACAUGCCAUAUAUGGAGGCAACGAUACUUGAGAUCCUACGCUUCUCAACAGUGGCCCCGUUAGCUGUCCCUCACGCAACGACGCGUGACGUUGUCAUCAGCGGCUAUAACAUCCCCAAAGACACGUUCGUGUUUAUCAACCUGUGGUCAAUCCACUACGCCGCCAAUACGUGGGCGGAUCCGGACAAAUUUGACCCCACCCACUUCCUGGAUGCAGAUGGCCAGGUGUGCAGACCUGAAGCAUUCAUGCCCUUCAGUGGAGGUGCCCGUGUGUGUCCAGGGGAGUCUCUGGCUAAGAUGGAUACCUUCAUGUUCCUAACCAGCCUUAUGCAGAGGUUCAGCUUCAGCCUCCCCUCGGGGGCGGACCCACUCAAGGCCGUACACAGUGACAUAGGCACGGGGCUGCCCCCUCCCUUCAAACUCAGGGCAGAGAGACGGAAGUGACAAGGAAAUCAUCUACCCCAGGAGCUGCGUGGCAGUGCACCGACUAUGUGUCUUGUAGCAAUUGAUAUCAGUUAUAAGUGAGGACAAAAGCAUGGGAUCCUCAUACAAACCAUUGAACUAUCCAAGAGACAUGAUAUGAACUGUAUAUAGUAUAACUACGUUUUGGCAGAAUGGUGUGUUUUGCUUACCAUAUCAUACACACCUAGAGAUAGGAAUCAGCAGUGACGUUAACAUUCCCUGUAACACUGUGAUUGUAUUUUUGAUGACGGUCUUCAGAGUUUCAUUUGAUAUUGUAGCUAUAAUCAUCCAAGUGUUAAGGAGUAUUGUGGAAAGUAUUGUAGAUAUAAUCAUCCAAGUGUCAAGGAGUAUUGUGGAAAGUAUUGUAGCUAUAAUCAUCCAAGUGUCAAGGAGUAUUGUGGAAAGUAUUGUAACUAUAAUCAUCCAAGUGUCAAGGAGUAUUGUGGAAAGUAUUGUAGCUAUAAUCAUCCAAGUGUCAAGGAGUAUUGUGGAAAGUAUUGUAGCUAUCAUCAUCCAAGUGUCAAGGAGUAUUGUGGAAAGUAUUGUAGCUAUAAUCAUCCAAGUGUCAAGGAGUAUUGUGGAAAGUAUUGUAGCUAUAAUCAUCCAAGUGUCAAGGAGUAUUGUGGAAAGUAUUGUAGCUAUAAUCAUCCAAGUGUCAAGGAGUAUUGUGGAAAGUAUUGUAGCUAUAAUCAUCCAAGUGUCAAGGAGUAUUGUGGAAAGUAUUGUAGCUAUAAGUAUUGUGGAAAGUAUUGUAGCUAUUAUCAUCCAAGUGUCAAGGAGUAUUGUGGAAAGUAUUGUAGCUAUAAUCAUCCAAGUGUCAAGGAGUAUUGUGGAAAGUAUUGUAGCUAUAAUCAUCCAAGUGUCAAGGAGUAUUGUGGAAAGUAUUGUAGCUAUAAUCAUCCAAGUGUCAAGGAUUAUUGUGGAAAGUAUUGUAGCUAUAAUCAUCCAAGUGUCAAGGAGUAUUGUGGAAAGUUUUGAAGCUAUAAUCAUCCAAGUGUCAAGGAGUACUGUGGAAAGUAUUGUAGCUAUAAUCAUCCAAGUGUCAAGGAGUAUUGUGGAAAGUAUUGUAGCUAUAAUCAUCCAAGUGUCAAGGAGUAUUGUGGAAAGUAUUGUAGCUAUAAUCAUCCAAGUGUCAAGGAGUAUUGUGGAAAGUAUUGUAGCUAUAAUCAUCCAAGUGUCAAGGAGUAUUGUGGAAAGUAUUGUAGCUAUAAUCAUCCAAGUGUCAAGGAGUAUUGUGGAAAGUAUUGUAGCUAUUAUCAUCCAAGUGUCAAGGAGCAUUGUGGAAAGUAUUGUAGCUAUAAUCAUCCAAGUGUCAAGGAGUAUUGUGGAAAGUAUUGUAGCUAUAAUCAUCCAAGUGUCAAGGAGUAUUGUGGAAAGUAUUGUAGCUAUAAUCAUCCAAGUGUCAAGGAAUUAUUGUGGAAAUUAUUGUAGCUAUAAUCAUCCAAGUGUCAAGGAGUAUUGUGGAAAGUAUUGUAGCUAUAAUCAUCCAAGUGUCAAGGAGUAUUGUGGAAAGUUUUGUAGCUAUAAUCAUCCAGGUGUCAAGGAGUACUGUGGAAAGUAUUGUAGCUAUAAUCAUCCAAGUGUCAAGGAGUAUUGUGGAAAGUAUUGUAGCUAUAAUCAUCCACGUGUCAAGGAGUAUUGUGGAAAGUAUUGUAACUAUAAUCAUCCAUGUGUCAAGGAGUAUUGUGGAAAGUAUUGUAGCUAUUAUCAUCCAAGUGUCAAGGAGCAUUGUGGAAAGUAUUGUAGCUAUAAUCAUCCAAGUGUCAAGGAGUAUUGUGGAAAGUAUUGUAGCUAUAAUCAUCCAAGUGUCAAGGAGUAUUGUGGAAAGUAUUGUAGCUAUAAUCAUCCAAGUGUCAAGGAAUUAUUGUGGAAAUUAUUGUAGCUAUAAUCAUCCAAGUGUCAAGGAGUAUUGUGGAAAGUAUUGUAGCUAUAAUCAUCCAAGUGUCAAGGAGUAUUGUGGAAAGUUUUGUAGCUAUAAUCAUCCAGGUGUCAAGGAGUACUGUGGAAAGUAUUGUAGCUAUAAUCAUCCAAGUGUCAAGGAGUAUUGUGGAAAGUAUUGUAGCUAUAAUCAUCCACGUGUCAAGGAGUAUUGUGGAAAGUAUUGUAACUAUAAUCAUCCAUGUGUCAAGGAGUAUUGUGGAAAGUAUUGUAACUAUAAUCAUCCAAGUGUCAAGGAGUAGUGUGGAAAGUAUUGUAGCUAUAAUCAUCCAAGUGUCAAGGAGUAUUGUGGAAAGUAUUGUAGCUAUAAUCAUCCAAGUGUCAAGGAGUAUUGUGGAAAGUAUUGUAGCUAUAAUCAUCCAAGUGUCAAGGAGUAUUGUGGAAAGUAUUGUAGCUAUAAUCAUCCAAGUGUCAAGGAGUAUUGUGGAAAGUAUUGUAGCUAUAAUCAUCCAUGUGUCAAGGAGUAUUGUGGAAAGUUUUGUAGCUAUAAUCAUCCAAGUGUCAAGGAGUACUGUGGAAAGUAUUGUAGCUAUAAUCAUCCAAGUGUCAAGGAGUAUUGUGGAAAGUAUUGUAGCUAUAAUCAUCCAAGUGUCAAGGAGUAUUGUGGAAAGUAUUGUAACUAUAAUCAUCCAUGUGUCAAGGAGUAUUGUGGAAAGUAUUGUAGCUAUAAUCAUCCAAGUGUCAAGGAGUAUUGUGGAAAGUAUUGUAGCUAUAAUCAUCCACGUGUGAAGGAGUAUUGUGGAAAGUAUUGUAGCUAUAAUCAUCCAUGUGUCAAGGAGUAUUGUGGAAAGUAUUGUAACUAUAAUCAUCCGAGUGUCAAGGAGUAUUGUGGAAAGUAUUGUAACUAUAAUCAUCCAUGUGUCAAGGAGUAUUGUGGAAAGUAUUGUAGCUAUAAUCAUCCAAGUGUCAAGGAGUAUUGUGGAAAGUAUUGCAGCUAUAAUCAUCGAAGUGUCAAGGAGUAUUGUGGAAAGUAUUGUAACUAUAAUCAUCCAUGUGUCAAGGAGUAUUGUGGAAAGUAUUGUAGCUAUAAUCAUCCAAGUGUCAAGGAGUAUUGUGGAAAGUAUUGUAGCUAUAAUCAUCCACGUGUGAAGGAGUAUUGUGGAAAGUAUUGUAGCUAUAAUCAUCCAUGUGUCAAGGAGUAUUGUGGAAAGUAUUGUAACUAUAAUCAUCCGAGUGUCAAGGAGUAUUGUGGAAAGUAUUGUAACUAUAAUCAUCCAUGUGUCAAGGAGUAUUGUGGAAAGUAUUGUAGCUAUAAUCAUCCAAGUGUCAAGGAGUAUUGUGGAAAGUAUUGCAGCUAUAAUCAUCGAAGUGUCAAGGAGUAUUGUGGAAAGUAUUGUAACUAUAAUCAUCCAAGUGUCAAGGAGUAUUGUGGAAAGUAUUGAAACUAUAAUCAUCCAAGUGUCAAGGAGUAUUGUGGAAAGUAGUGUAGCUAUAAUCAUCCAAGUGUCAAGGAGUAUUGUGGAAAGUAUUGUAGCUAUAAUCAUCCAAGUGUCAAGGAGUACUGGGAAAGUAUUGUAGCUAUAAUCAUCCAAGUGUCAAGGAGUAUUGUGGAAAGUAUUGUAGCUAUAAUCAUCCACGUGUCAAGGAGUAUUGUGGAAAGUAUUGUAGCCACCAACAAUGGGAAAUUGUUAGGACUCCAAAGCCAAAUAUCAGAAUAAUGAGUGAGUUGGGUUAAACCCAUCUUUUAACAGUAUUUAAGUAUUGCGGACUGAAUCUGUUAUUAGGAUCAAUGAGUAUAUCAUGGGUUACAGCUCCCCGAAUAAUCUGACAGGGCCACUGGUAUGGUAUUGCGAUCCGUGUAAGAUAUUUUCAGCCUUAGAAUAAAUAAUGCCUAAUCAGAGAAGAUGCCCCUCAUGUGACAUCAACGGUCUAGUGAUAAGUGAGUAGACAUAGGUUCGUUGUUCUUGUCCCUAUCUCAUUAAAAUCAUAUCGAAGUUCUCGCUGCCGCUAAACAAAGCGAGGGCUAAGAUCUGAUUUUAAUGAGAUUGUUCUUGUCCCUACAUGCCUCGUGACAGACGCUAGAGGAACUUUGCUUUCACAGAAUAUGUGUAGGAUAAAGCACGGCUCCGAGGUUGGGGUCGGGAAAGUAAGACCUCGGCAAGAGGGUAUUGGCAAGGUUAGAACAAGGUUUUCUUAGGGUCAUUAUGUGAAAAUGAGCUGUAUCGUAAACAACAGGCAAAAUCUGCUUUAGGUUUAUAAAUAUUGUAAAAGGACGUCAGAUUUAUCUUGUUGGUUUCUUCUCUAUUCAUAGGCUACUUUUGGUAUGAAUCAACUUAUAUGUCCGUCAACGAUGCGUGCAAAGUAUGUCUAAAAGCAGUGCUGACUGGUUUGGUAGAAGGCUGCCAGGUGUCUUUGUGUUACUUGUUAGAGAAUUAGUGACCCAAAAACAUUUUUCUCUAGCGAUUUAAUGACACACUUUUAUCAUGUAUUGAUUGGAUAUAUGUUAUUUUCAUACAUGUUUUUUUUUUUUACCGUAUUCAUAUGUUGGAAAUGUUUUUGUGACACAUGCGGGCUUAUCUGGAACUUGUAGAUACUUCUCAUGUAUUUAUGGUCAUUUUGGCCACCUCAAUAAGUGUACAUAUCUGGUCGUAAAUACGAGGGGUGUUCAUUAAAGAUUUAUCCUAAACCA